AUGGAGCCGCCUGCGAUCUCUGACACCGACUUUGUUCGGCACCAUCACUCCUCAGCCCCACCGUCACAACCGAUCCAUUUCUAUCUUCGUCAUCUUCAACAACUUGUUUCAAUAACUUCUCACGAAGCGAUAAAGGUUCGAGGCUUACCUGCCGGAGUCGCUCCGACGACUUUUCAACAGCGUCGGUAUUCCAAGAAAAUAAGAGAGAUAGAAGAUGAUGAAGUUUUGUGUGAUGAUGAUGCUCGUUCAGUGAUGAAGCAGAGAAUAUGGAUUAUUGGUGAUGGAGUGAUACGAGGAAGGUGUAGAGAAAAUGGUGGAGGUUGA